AUGGCUGCGUUAUGGAAAAACGAGAUUCUCAUAUUUCUUUUCGCCAAUACGUUAUUUGUAACCCUUUUCAAUAUACUCUCUACGGACCAUAAUAGCAGCUACAGCCAUCGGUUUGUCAGGCCUAAACCGUUUUUCGAUCAUACGCAUCGGCAUUUGAUUAAUUUCAAUGGUUUCAAGUAUGUCAUCGAUAACGACGUAUGUAAAUCGUGUUUCAAUUGUACGCCAAUUCUGGUUCAUAGUUAUGUCGGGCACUUUGAAUUCCGUCGGGCUAUCCGGCGGUCAUAUCCACAAACCGUUCUUGAUGCGUUAGGCUUCCGUUACGUAUUCAUGACCGGCUUGCCGAACAGCACUGAUAUCCAGUCGCAAUUGCUCGGAGAAUCGUCCCGGCACGGCGACAUAGUCCAAGGCAAUUUUAAGGAAGCGUAUCGGAAUUUGACUUACAAACAUGUGAUGGGUCUGAAGUGGUACGCGGAACGUUGUCUGAAAUCCAAUCGCGUAGUUAAGAUGGACGACGACAUUGCGGUCAAUUUGUUCAAGUUAAAAGACGUCGUUGAAAGACGAGAUUACGAUUUAGCCGGCUGUGUGAUUAAUGCAAAACCGAUUAGGGAAAAACACAACAAGUGGUAUGUGACCAGAGAAGAAUUUGACGGCGAUACGUACCCGCCGUUUCUAUCUGGUUGGCUUUACGUGGCAACAUCUACAUCAGUUACAAGCUUGUUGCGGGUAAUUCGACAGGAUAAUUAUUUUUGGAUAGACGAUCUAUACGUGACGGGAAUCCUAGCUAAAAUUGCUCAAAUUGACUUGCUCGAUUUGAGAUUGGAUUUCGAAGUCGAUCCAGGUUCAAUAUAUUGUUGUAUUAAAAAACAACAGAGGUGUGAAUUUUUAGCAGCGCCCACUGGCGAUAAUUACACGUUGCUACAGCAAUAUUCUCAACAGUUAACAUAUUGUAAAAUGAAAAAUUUGCCCUGUGACACGUAUCGAAAAUCAAAACGCCAUCAUUCUUGUCUAGAUUUAUGGAAAAAAUCAAUAGUUGAUACACGGAUAGGAAAACCAUCAAUUGAAAUAAUAAAUUUAAUAUAA